AAUUAGUGUUGUGAAGUGAAGUGUCUUUCUUCCAGUUUCACUCAGUCCUCUUGUUGAACACAAUACAGAUAGUUCAUGCAUCCAGAGAGGAAGAGGCAUGCCAUUUAGUACUUCACACAUGUUCAAGGCAUAAGUGGAAAUGUUGUUCGUUUGGUGUGUUCUGGCUCUGUUGACCAUAGUGCCAGAGGCUACAGGCACCAAUGCUGGAGUUAAAGUCAAACUAACUCAGACUGGACUUGAAUACAGUCGACAGAUUGGAAUUGCCUCAAUCCAGCAGAAGCUCAGAACCAUCAAAUUGCCAGACAUAAGUGGCACAGAAACCGUGCAUCCUAUUGGAAAAGUCCAGUAUAGUUUUACAGGGAUGCAGAUUGUAAACCUAGGACUACCCCAAUCAGCACUGGGGUUAGUUUCUGGCACUGGAAUCAGUCUUUCAAUUAACAAUGCCUUCAUCAAUCUGCAUGGCAACUGGAGAGUCAAAUACCUCAGGAUCAUAAAAGACAGUGGAUCAUUUGAUCUGGCUGUGAGUGAACUGACCAUUAGCACCACUAUUGCAGUCAUGAGUGAUGACACUGGCCGCCCAUCAGUCAGCAUGACCAACUGUGCAGCAACUGUGGGGAAAGUCAGCAUCAAGUUUCAUGGUGGGGCCAGCUGGUUGUAUAACCUCUUCAGUUCCUUCAUUAAAAAGGCCCUACACAAUGCUCUGCAGAAACAGAUCUGCCCCCUGGUGGAGGAUUCCAUUGCUGAUAUGAACCCCCACCUGAAAACUUUAAAUGUUUUAGCCAAAGUAGACAAUUAUGCUGAGAUUGAAUACUCCAUGGUGGCAUCUCCAGUCAUUUCUAAUACCUCCAUUGACUUGGGUUUAAAGGGUGAAUUUUACAACAUCGGACAACACAAAGAACCCCCAUUCUCCCCCACACCAUUCUCAAUGCCUUCCCAGGACACUAACAUGCUGUACAUUGGAUUAUCUGCCUUCACGGCCAACUCAGCAGGUUUUGUUUACCACAAUGCUGGGGCACUCAGCCUAAACAUCACUGAUGACAUGAUUCCCUCUGGUUCUCCAAUUCAUCUAAACACAAGGACAUUUGGAGUUUUCAUUCCACAAAUUGCAAAAAUGUAUCCUGGUCUGAUGAUGAAGCUGCUGGUUAAGACAGUGAAGGAGCCCACCCUUACAUUUGAAUCCAACAACGUUACUGUUCAAGCCAGCAGUACAGUGACAGCUUAUGCUAUCCAGCCCAACAACACUCUGUCUUCUCUCUUUGUCCUUAAUCUGGAGGGCAGUGUCAGUGCUCGCAUAUAUGUGACUGAACUCAAACUAGCAGGAGCUGUAACCCUUAACAAAAUUGACAUGAGCUUAGCAAAAAGCUACGUGGGACCAUUCAAGGUCACAUCUCUUGACAAUAUCUUCACAAUGGUCUUGAAAGUUGCUGUGAUUCCCAAGGUUAAUGCUAGAUUAGAGGAAGGUUAUCCACUUCCUGCCAUUGGGAAGAUGCAGCUUAUAAACACUCAACUUCAGGUUUUGAAGGACUACUUGUUGAUUGGAACAGACGUUCAGUUUACAGGAUAAAUCUCACCUAAGAUGUUUGAAUAUUUUAUAAAUAAUAAUAAAGAUAGACAGCUGAAGAAAAGAUUUUUGCAAAAUGUGAUUUAUAGAGACAUACAAAGCAUUUACAACUGUUAAAUUCCUAUGUGCUUUGUAUUUCAUACAUGUUUUAAAUAAACUUGGAGGGCACUUUUCUCCCAAUAAUUGUUCAUUGCUUUAAUUA